AUGGCUGCUGUUGCUGCAGCUUUUGCAGGAAAAGCUAUUGCGAUAUCAACCAUCUCCUAUAUCAUUACCAAGGCCUUUGACCACCUCAAGGAUAACAAGAAAGCUGGAGGUUUGAAGAGUACCCAAACAAGGUUAGAGAAACUACUCCCUCAGAUCCAAGUAGUCUUUGACGCCGUCGACACAGAGCAGAUCAGAGAUCAAAGUGAGGCGCUAGAUGCUUGGUUGUGGCAGCUCCGGGAUGCCGUCGAGGAAGCUGAGGACGCCCUUGAUGAGUUGGAGUAUAACAAGCUUGAGGAAGAGGUGAAAUCGCGAGAGAGCAAGGUGACUGGUUCUCUGCAUAAGUACAAAGGCAAGCUUGUGCAGAAGUUUAAUCACACGUUCAACACUGGAUCUCUGAAGAGGUUGACGAGUGCUGUCAAGACUUUAGAUGAGGCUGUUGCUGAUGUGCAGCGUUUUCUCCCUGUUCUCAAUCAGUUUGAUAACAAUAAGUUGAAGAAGCAUAAACAAGAUGUGGAUUUCAGGAACUGGCGUGAAACAAGCUCACUGCCUCAAAGCCUGGUACUUGGCAGAGAGAAGGAGAGGGAGACUAUUGUUCACUGGUUGACCAAGGCUGGAAGCGGUGCAUCUGAACGGGUUGUCAGCAAUAUCCCUAUAUUUUCUAUAGUUGGGAUUGGUGGACUGGGGAAGACAACACUGGCUCAAGUUAUAUGCAAUGAUGACAGGGUGAAAGAUUAUUUCGAUUUGAUCAUCUGGGCUUGCGCUUCUUAUUACUUUGAUGUUGAGACAUUAACAAGAAAGAUUCUUCAAGAUGUAACUAGACAUCAAAUAAACAUUGUUGGUCUAAAUGCUCUUCACAAUGAGCUCAAGGAGAAAUUGAGUUCCAAAACCUUUCUCCUUGUGCUGGAUGAUGUGUGGAAUGAUGACAGAAUAGAUUAUUGGGAAAAUUUUGUACGACCAUUGAGAUAUGGGAAGAGAGGGAGUAAGAUAUUGCUGACAACUCGCAUGCAGUCGGUAGCUGAUCUUGCUGCAAGAGCAAUGCAGGAAGAAUGCCAGUCUUUGAAAAUGAGUGGACUAGGAGAAGCUGACCUUCGUGAUCUACUGAACAUGCAUGCAUUUUCUGGCGUUAAUCCUGAUGAUUACAGAAAUCUGCAGCAGAUUAGCAAGAAAAUGGUGGGAAAUCUCAGUGGUUCUCCAUUGGCAGCAAAAGUUCUUGGUGGAUUGUUGAACAGCAAAAGGGACAGUAGCACUUGGAACAGAAUGUUGACAUCGAGUAUUUAUAAUAUCGAACAGGGUAAGGAAGGGAUCAUGGCAGUGUUGAGAUUGAGUUAUCAGCAUCUACCAACUCAUUUGCAGGCAUGUUUCAGGUACUGCAGCUUACUUGGCAAAGAUUAUGAGUUUACAAAGGAAGAAUUGGUCCACUUAUGGAUGGGUUCAGGAUUGAUCCAACAGUUAAUGAGUAAUAAGACACCAGAGGUUGGGAUGGAGUUAAUGGGUAACAAGACACCAGAGGUUAUCGGGAUGGAGUAUCUGGAUGCAUUAACCAGGAAAUCUUUUUUUGAAGUUAAAUCAAGGCCUCGAUCUAGUCGUGCUAUAACAUGUAAUAUAUUUGAUGAAUACUAUGAAGAACUAUACGUUAUUCAUGAUCUUUUGCAUGAGUUGGCUUGUUCUGCUUCAGUAAAGGAAUGCAUUAGAAUUGACAGCAAAUUUUCUGAAAUGGUUCCAAAGACUGUUAGGCAUAUAUGCACUGAAACUAUAAAUCCUAGUCUGGUUGAGCAAGUCUCUCAAGCAAAGAAAUUGCGCACCCUUGUCAUGCAUUUUCAAGAGCCAAGACCAGGCAGCGCAAGAACUAAUGCUUCAGAAAUGCACCUUCGCUACUUGUCUCUCAUGUGGGGUCGUAAUAAAAUGACACGUUUCUGCUGGUUCCCCCAAUCUGUAUACAGAUUAUACCACCUACAGAUACUGAAGUUUAAUGAUCCCCAGCUUGCAGUUCCCAUAAAAGGAGAAAUGGAGGGAAUAUGCAAUCUAGUUAAUUUGCGCCAUUUGCAGUUAUCUUAUGGCAUAAUGCCUCUAAUUCCUUAUGUUGGAAAGCUGACUUCUCUCCAUGAGCUAUAUGGUUUCAGCAUCCAACAGCGAAGUGGUUACACAAUUGGUGAACUCAAGAAUCUGAAGGGCAUCUCCCAUUUACACAUUUCAGGUCUUGACAAAGUAAAGAGUGUAUACGAAGCUGCUGAGGUCUUGUUGGACAAGAAAGAUAAUCUAUCUGCAUUAACACUUAGCUGGUCCCCAGGCUGUUCUGAUUCUUGUGACCCCAGCAAAGCUGAGCAGCUUCUUGACAAGCUUGAACCACACCCCAACACCUGCAAACUGAAGAUUCAAGAAUAUCCAGGUUCUCGGUCUCCAUGUUGGCUGGAAAAUCGCGAACUCAUUAAUUUGACAUAUCUUUAUAUAUGUGAUUGUAGUAGGUUGCAGCGUCUUCCACCUAUUGGGCAGCUGCCUUCUCUCCAGUAUCUCUACAUAAUUAACAUGAAAUCCAUCGACUGCGUGGAUUCUUCAUUUUAUGGAAGCGAGAAACCUUAUGGCUUGCAAUCCCUUAAGGCAUUAGAGAUCGGAGACAUGCCUAUAUGCACUGAAUGGGUUGGAUCCGAGGGUGAGAACUUAUUUCCCCAGCUCGACACACUUGUGGUGCGUGACUGUAAGGAGUUAAGACAGCUACCAAAUGUACCUAUCGGCAUUCGACAUAUUGAAAUCCAUAAUGCUGGUCUACAAGCUAUACCACUGCCACCAUGUUUAGGUGCAAGUUCCUCUUCAUCGCCGAGGCCGGAUCUGUCUCUUUCAAAGCUAAUAAUUUCUUGCUGCCCAGAUCUGGCAACUUUGUGGCAGGGCUACUCUCUUCCUGUUCUCGAGGAAUUGUCAAUCCAACAAUGUGCGAGCCUGUCAUGUCUACCAGAGGACUCAUUUUGUUCAACUUCUGUUCUUAAGACCUUUGAUAUAGUGAAGUGUCCAAAUUUGAAGACAGGACACAUCAGGUUGCCCCCAACGGGAGGUGCUGAUCUAUCCGGUUGUGCCUUGGAGAUCAGCGAGCUUGAUAUUGACCACCCAUCUCUCUUACUCAAAGAGCCAUUAAGGAGCAUGGCCAUUGUGAAGAGGCUCCGGAUUUCUGGCGGUCCUGAACUAAGACUUUUACCUGGGGAAUGGCUUAUGCGCAACUGUCAAGCCCUAGAAGAGAUAGUAGUGCGUGAUGCUUCCCAUUUGCAACGUUUACCACAAGAGAUUGCAAGUCUGACCUCCCUGCAGUCAUUGCAGAUAUCCAAUGCAAAUCUGAUUCAGAUGCUUCCAGAUAUGCCUGCAUCUCUGAGUAAUCUACGCGUCAACAAUUGCCACACUGAGCUCAAGGAACGCUACAAAAAGAACGUAGGCCCUGAUUGGGGCAAGAUUGCACACAUUCAUGAUGUGGAUAUUUCUUAA